AUGGAGGCUGCUGGCCUAGCUUCAAGUAUCCUGACUUUCAUCGACAUUUGUUACAAGGUAGCCAAAAGAACUUACGAAAUUUACGAAUCCGCGACGGGUGCCACAGCCGAAAACAUACACGUAGGCAAUGUCAUCAUCGACCUCGAAAAGGCUGCAGCCGAGUUGAGUCCAGCCUCCAGAGGACAUGAUGCGGAGUUGGCAAAGUUGUCAGAGCAGUGCCGAACCUUGUCAGACGAUCUCUUGAAGCUUCUUGCAGGGCUAGAGAGGCGCGAGAAAAGGUUGUUCCAGAGUUUCAAGGCCGCGAUUGCCGGUGCGCGCAAACAGAAAGAGGUCGCUUCGAUUGAGAAAAGACUGGAUCAGUACCGUCAACAGAUUAUUCUUCACUUGACACUCAAUAUUUACCGAGACCAAUCGCCCAUCAAGGCUCAACUCGAGCGGAUACGAGACGAUAGCAGUCGACUUGAAAACGAGCACGCUGCAAAGUUGGAUGCACUACACAAUCAACUCUCCGAACUACUAGAGCGUAUGAGAACUACUAGCUCGAGACAGUUUUGGGAUCAGCAAGUUUCAAACGAUCGUGACUUCAUAAAGACACUCUCGCCUCCUGUCAACGAACUUGACCAAGACGAAUUUUUCGGAAAAGCCUCCCACAAGAUACAUGCAGCCAACGAACCAUCUACACACAACAUUCAGUACCAUGCGAUUGUGGGCAAUGAUCUCAGAGAUCUCGCAAGACUUCUCCAUGACUUCAAAUUGUGUGCCAGCACUCUCGAGGCAGAAAAUAAGACACUUGAUAGUUUGUACUUCGACGCGAUAUUUCAAAGAGAGAACAGCGUCUCCGAUGCUGUAUCAAACACUUUUGCUUGGAUAGUCGAUGGUUUCCCGCCAUCCACCACUUUAGAUUCAACCGACACAAACGGCUCAAAUUCUCCGAGAGAGUCUCGACGAUCUUCCUUUUCCUCCUCGCCCAAAUCAGAAGAGGAAGAGCUAGUAGAUCACCAUCGCAUAGCUUUGGAGAAGCAGCUACUUGAAGAGACUCAAAAUCGGGAGGCUAUGUCUCAGAGCCUUCAUUCCUUCUUGGCAGAUGAAGGAGAGGUUUUCUUCGUCUGCGGGAAAGCGGGCAGUGGAAAGUCAACGCUCAUGAAAUUCCUUAGCCAUCACUCCAGCGUAAGAGAAACGCUGGUGGAUUGCGCCAGCAAACGAAAGCUUGUGAUCGUCAACACAUUCUUCUGGAGCUCUGGCGAUCCUCUUCAGAAGUCUCUUGAGGGAUUCUACCGCGCUGUUCUCUUUCAUACUUUAAGGCAGUGCCCUGAACUACUUGAAACGGUCAUUCCAACUCUUACUGGGAUAGGCUUCUCCCCUCUUUCAGCAGCCAUAUCACUCUCAGAGUUAGAGGCGGCCUUCAGUCGUUUGCAGUCAUUAGAGAACGCCGCUAGCUAUCUCUUCUGUUACUUCAUUGAUGGGCUAGACGAAUAUGAGGGAGAUCCUCUUGAUCAAAAACAUCUUGCAGAGAUGCUAAGAAAAUGGUCACGGAAAGAUAAUGUCAAGAUAAUAUGCUCAGCCCGGCCAUCGACCGUUACCCUCGACAUCUUUGGCGCCAGCAAGACAUUCUUUGAGCUUCAUAAGUUGACCAAAGCCGACAUACACGCCUUUGCCGAGGAUCAAAUUAAAAAGUAUCUGAGCGAGCCUACCUUCGAAAAAGGUCAAGCGGAAUUGGCUGUUGUUGUCUGCGGUAAUCAACAACACUCCCCACCUUUCUUAUCACAAAACAUUCUGAUUCCCAAGUCUAAGCAACAAGAGAAAAUGGGUCCAACAGUAUGGGAACCCUUUUCGUUUCUGCACUUCGCUGCGACUUAUGGCAUGGCUCAGUACGUCAAGACAACUGUGGCGAGUAUGGACAAUCCGACUAUUGUUGAUACAUCUAAUGUCAACCUUCUGAUCACGGCCGCGUACUCGUCUGUUCCAGCCUUGGUAGAUUUCUUGCUUCAAGAGGGCUGGCAUCCGAAUGAGCUUGUCACGGCUUGUGGUCUGAAAUCGUCUCUGAAGGGCGAAAGAUGCUUUGUAUCUGUUUGGGAGGCCUUCUUGUACCGUGUCGCAUGUCUUCUGAGCGCCUUUUGCGCUGACGAGUCUCGAACUCCUGUUUGGAAAGUCAGGAACAGAGAGAGUAUGGAGCACUUGAACGAUACGUUUUCAAUGGUCGAAAGCUUUCUUCAGUCUGGGGCAGAUGCCGAAGUGGAGAUUCUUGGUGUCUUUUUCCCAGAUUGUUCAGUUAGCUCAACCGAAAAAUGCGGUGGCACUCCAAACCCUAUUAGUGAAGCCGAAGCGGAAUGUUCUCGGCAGAAUAUUGGGUCGUACGACAAUGCGGAACCCUAA